ACCAUGAGUCCAUCAAUACCCCAGAUAAGCCGGUCCCUGCAUAGCAUGGCUCGCACCUCACCGGUCGUCGCAGUCCUCUAUCAAGCCCUCGAGCCCCCCAUCAUCAACGGCGCUCGCAAGCCCCGCAAGCCCGGCGGCUACCAAGACUCCGGUGCAGAUAUCGCCUACACCCUUCGCAACCAAGGCAUCCGGGUCCUCACGCCAACCGCCUCCCCCAACCCCAAAUCCCACGAAGGCUGGUGCUUCCCCGACACCGAAACCGGGAUCCUCUCCGCCAUCCACCAAGGCGCAACCCACCUCUGGGCCAACACCAUCCUCUUCUCCUCCCACCCGUUGCAAACCUCCCAAUCCCUUACCACUACAUCCACCCCUAUCUCCAUUAUCGGCCAACCCCCCACCCUCGUCGAAUCCUUCGACGACAAAGCCUACCUCAACCACCACCUCCGUCUCCACGGCUCCUUCACCCUGCCCCAAUCCUGGCUCCUCCGCAGCACCGACCCCAUCCCCACCAUCCUCAACUCCAUCCCUACCUAUCCCGUCGUCGGCAAACCCGUCUGCGGCCGCGGCAGCCACGGCGUCAAAGUCUGCCACAACCGCACCCAACUAUCCGAACACAUUACAACCCUCCUAUCCGAAUCCCCCAUCGUCAUGAUCGAGCAAUUCCUCACCGGCGAAGAAGCAACCAUCACCGUGAUGCCCCCGUCCCCCGAGAUCCCAGAAUACUGGGCUCUUCCCCCAAUCACCCGGUUCAAUCACAUCAACGGCGUUGCGCCAUAUAAUGGUGUCGUAGCGGUGAGUGCCAACUCGCGCGCGGUCACCAAAGCCGAGAUGCAGGAUCCGUCGUACGGGAAUGUAAUGCGACAGUGUGAGAACGUAGCGAGAUUAAUUGGUGCGACGGCGCCGAUUCGGGUGGAUGUGAGGAGGGUGACUGAGGGGGGGGAGUUUGCGAUCUUUGAUGUGAAUAUGAAACCGAACAUGACCGGUCCAGGUCGUCCAGGUCGCGAAGACCAGACCAGUCUAACGGGGUUGGCGGCCGCUGCGCUCGGGUGGGAGUAUGGGAUGUUGUUGCACCGCAUUUUGGACUGUGCGCGGCCGUUGGAUGGUUUCAGAACUUAUCGGGAUCCGUUUGUUUGAUCCUCU